GGCCAACCUCUUCACACUGCCAAGCUCCGCUUCAAGUGAGCUAGUCUAGCCAGCGUUUAGACACCAUCACCAGCAAUGGCGAUCGCUGGCGUUCUCUUCCUCCUCUUCUUGGCACGGCAAGCCUCCGCCGCCGGGUACGGCGGGUGGCAGAGCGCCCACGCCACGUUCUACGGCGGCGGCGAUGCUUCCGGCACCAUGGGCGGGGCUUGCGGUUACGGCAACCUGUACAGCCAAGGGUAUGGCACGAACACCGCGGCGCUGAGCACGGCGCUGUUCAACGACGGCGCGGCGUGCGGGUCGUGCUACGAGCUGCGGUGCGACAACGCCGGGAGUUCGUGCCUGCCGGGCUCCAUCACCGUGACGGCCACCAACUUCUGCCCGCCCAACUACGGCCUCCCCAGCGACGACGGCGGCUGGUGCAACCCGCCCCGCCCUCACUUCGACAUGGCCGAGCCGGCAUUCCUCCACAUCGCCCAGUACCGCGCCGGCAUCGUCCCCGUCUCCUUCCGCAGGGUGCCGUGCGUGAAGAAGGGUGGGGUCAGGUUCACCGUGAACGGGCACUCCUACUUCAACCUGGUGCUGGUGACCAACGUGGCCGGCGCCGGCGACGUCCGCUCCGUCUCCAUCAAGGGGUCGCGCACCGGGUGGCAGCCCAUGUCGCGGAACUGGGGCCAGAACUGGCAGAGCAACGCGUUCCUCGACGGCCAGAGCCUCUCCUUCCAGGUCACCGCCAGCGACGGCCGCACCGUCACCAGCAACAACGUCGCCCACCCCGGCUGGCAGUUCGGCCAGACCUUCGAGGGUGGCCAGUUCUAGCCGCCACCGACAUCGCCGUCUCCGACACCCACAUAUAAUAGCACGGUGUCCUUCUUCGUCUUCGUUCUCGUCGUCGUCUUUCUUCCUUGAGAGAUUAUUUAUUUUGAGCAAGAGAGAAAGAAAAGCCUCUUCGUUAUAGUGGAGAAGAGGUUUUGGGCUAUGCUGAGGCUGCUAAUUAGCACCCGCUUAGACGUUUUCCUUCUCUGGACUUCGUCCAAUAAUGACUGGACCGGUCCACCAUCAUCAAGUGUAGUGGUAGUAGUAAAGGGGAGUACUAAGCUUAGUACUACUUGAAGAAAAAAUCAAUAAUAAUUGUAUUGAUUAAAUUUCUACUUUUGAGCGUUUUCUUGUACCGGAGUGAUGGCCUUGCAACGGAAUUAAAAACCGCGAGGCCGUGUUUUAUUUAUCAAGGGGACUAUUGAUGUUGUACUUUGUCGUAGCUAGCGGCUGUAGCUUCUCUGUUCCUGUAUUGUUUGGGUGUAAUGGAGGAGUAAUCAAUUAAGGUGUACUUAUUCCUUUGUGAGGGAUUUAA